GGCGUGGGGAUGUAAAUGUAUAUAUAUCCCUACUCUGGGGGCCUGAUUCCAACUCUUAGGCUUAUCCAUCUGGAUGUCCAUUCCUCCCUUGCACCUGACAAGCAGCCACUUGAUUCGACCAUGUCCCACUCUGGAGCCCAGGGCAGCAUUGGGAGCCACCCAGCCAUGGGACUGCGUGCCCACAAAAUGUACCUGUUUGAGUUUGAGAACUUCCAGGGUCGUAUGAUGGAGUGCAUCACUGAGUGCCGUAACCUGUGUGAGAAGGGCUUCGAGAAGAUCGGCUCCAUCAGGGUGGAGUGUGGACCCUGGGUGGGCUAUGAGCAGCAGAACCUGAGUGGAGAGAUGUUCAUGCUGGAGAAGGGAGAGUACCCCCGCUGGGAUACCUGGAGCAACAGCUAUAGGUGUGACCGCUUCAUGUCCGUCAGGCCUGUUCGCAUGGACACCCAGGAUCACAAGAUAUGCCUAUUUGAGUGUAAUAACUUUGAGGGCCGUAAGAUGGAAGUUUGUGAUGAGGAUAUCCCGAGUCUGUGGUCCUAUGGCUUCCAGGACCGUGUGGCCAGCAUCCAGGUCACUGGUGGAACUUGGGUUGGCUAUCAGUACCCCGGUUACCGUGGCUACCAGUACGUGUUCGAGUGCGCCGUCUUCAAGCAUUGGAACGAGUGGGGCGCCCACCAUCCCCAGAUCCAGUCCAUCCGUAGAGUGAGGGACAUGCAGACACAUCGCAGAGGCUGCUUUGAGUGGACCGUCUAGAUGGGGCCAGGCAGGCGACGGGUUGUGGGCCAGCAAGACAGAGGGGAAGGGGUCUGGCUAGCCCUGGAGCUAACCAUUCCAGAGUCUGGAGUUCCAUCUUGGAUCUCCACACAGCCAACAUAAGCUAACAGCUAAUAACAUAACAUCACUGGCUCCAUCUCAAUCACUUACUAGUUGUAACAUUCAGGGUGUGUGUACUGUAUUGCACAAUCGCUGAAUGAAGACAUUGCCACCUACUGGGAAAAGGUUGUUACUGCAGUUCACCUGCAGCUGACUUCCACAAUGCCUGAAUGAGAAGAUUUAUGAUGGGGAUUUUAAUGGGGGAAAGGGAAUUAGUUAACAAAGAUUUUAAGAAGUUAUAUAGCUUCAUUAGUUUGUGUUCACUAGUUUGUUUCCAUAUCUGCAAACCCAUUGAUUUUAUACAUCUUACUUACUUGUUUCUUAGCUAUAUACCAAAUGAUGCCGAAUAAGCCUGUUCAUUACAAUGCUCUACCCUCCUGCAAUCUGUGAAUGAUUUUAGAGAGUAGAGAUACUAGACACUCCACUCAAGCCAGUCCCUAAACUACAAUGGACAGCUGCCAGCUCUGCGCUCUGUCCGUGCCCUACAGUGACCUCAAUCAUCCACAGGGAGACACUGUUUACCAAUGUACUCUCCCCAUGGCCACCAUCUAGUCUAGGGAUUCCACCUCAACCAUAAUGUCUCUAAUGACAUUCUACCUUCAAGGCUUCAAAGCUAUGCCCAUGACCCACUCGGUCGAGGGCAGUGAAGCUUUCCAAUGACCCACUCUAUCCAGGGCAGUGACGCUAUGCUCACGACCCACUCAGUCUAGGGUAACAGACUCAGUUUAAGGCAGUGAGGCUGUCUGAAGGAGGAAGUGAGCUAGGGAGUAUGAUUGAGAGACAGGCUGCUGUAGACUACCUGGUAGUGUUUUUCUAGACAUGCCAACCUUUUGGGAGACCCCUCCCCCUCUUAAUGAUGGGGUUGCAGAGGAGUGUUGUUAUAUACACUAUAUAUUUCUCAGGGAUGCUGCCAUCUGGAAAUAAACUUUCCAAUAAAAAAAACAAAGUGAAAUUGA